UGACUUAAUGCAGUCAAACUCUAGUGCAGCACUAUAGUUUGGAGACAUCUAUAAAAAAAAGAGAGAUUUUUUUUGCAACUUAUCAUCUUGUGACACAAUAAUAAUGUCACAUAACAAUGGGUAAGCAAUGACAGACACAUUUCUACAGCAUAAAAAUGAUGCGUUACAUCGAGGAGCAACAGUUGUGUAAUGCUUUCAUUCUGUUUUCCUUUUGUGCUGCAUACAUUUUCAAAGCAACAUCAGCUUAUUGAAAUGCUGCUUUUGUGCUGGCCUGAAGGCUGUGAUGAAGUAGAGGCACUUAUCUAUAGUAUUGAAAUAAAAGGAAAUAAUAAUAAAAACAAGAAAAGAGUCGGCAAUGUACGGGGCAUCUAUGGACCAUAACUAGUUUCUAUUGUAGCAAUUCUGUUGCUAAGGAAAUCAAUGUGAUGAAUGGAUCUUUACAGCAAAAUCCUUUUUAUUCAAAGUUAAAGAGGGAAGGAAAAAAAAACAAACCCACCAGAGCAGUCAGUGUUGCAGCCCUAAAUCUACGGUCUGCACUGCGAGAGAGUCUACUGCAUCCUCAGCUAAGGACCUAUCUGCUGUUACAGUGUCAGAGGGAGAAGAACAGACAGACAAACAGGGCGGGAAUACCAGCAUGGCAUCUGCUGGGAUGCAGAUCCUCGCUUUCAUCUCUGCACUGCUUGGUGUCUUCGGUGCCACUGUUGCUACUUUGUUGCCCAACUGGAAGGUCAGUGCAGAUGUGGGCUCGAACAUUAUCACUGCCAUCUCACAGACACAAGGACUAUGGAUGAACUGCACUUGGUACAGCACAGGGAUGUUCAGCUGCACAAUGAAACAUUCGGUCUUGGUGCUGCCUGCCUACCUGCAAACGGCUCGUACUACUAUGGUGCUGUCCUGCGUCCUGGCUGUGCUGGGAAUCUGUCUCUGCUCCUUUGGUCUAAAAUGCACACGCUGGGGAGGAGGAAGACAGGCAAAAAGACACACUGCGAUCGCUGGAGGAGUCUGCUUCAUCCUGGCUGGAAUCCUCUGCCUCAUUCCGGCUGCUUGGUUCACCAAUGAAGUCAUUUCUAGCUUUCUGGCUUCCUCUGUGCCAGAAAGUAACAAAUAUGAGCCAGGAGGAGCUGUGUACGUUGCGUUUGUGUCAGCAGGUUUUCUGCUUGUUGGGGGGUUGAUCUUUUGCAUAUCCUGUACUAGGAAGCAGCAGGGACCACAGUUCUAUCCUCGAAGCAAACAGCAGCAGCAGUGCUGCAAAGCCUCUCAACCUACAGACAAUACGAUGGGCUAUAGCCUACAGGACUAUGUGUAAUUCAUAAGUACAGACAAGCUGGUGUUAUUUUUCUGCCUGCGCUGCACUGAGAUGAGAAAAAAGGCUGUGGGGAUGAAAUGGACAAUUCACUGCACCAAAGCUUUGCUGAAUGAAGAAUCGUUAGUAAAGAGUUUAAAAUGCUUAGCAAAUCUCUAUUUUCAGUAAUUCUGGGAUUGUGUCCAUAAAAACAAAUGUGUAGAUCACGAGGGGGUGGCUGGGGGUGGUUUUUGUAAGAACAACACUUAUGAAAAGCUGGUUGUUAAUAGAAGGAAUAUACCAUUUUUUUCUGGCUUCUAAAAUAGUUUUCACAAUUCACAAGAACUUAAAAAGCUUUUCAGUUUAAAAUAAUUUCUUAUAGUUAAUAAGUAUACAUAAAUUUGAGAAACAGAGCUACAUAAUUUUUAUUUAACAAAAUGUGUAAAUAUACUUUUCAUGUUUCUAAAAAGAAUAUAUCAUUUUUUUAAGUUUAUUACCUAAUACUACAAAUUCUUACAGAAUUUCACAUUGUACAAGUCUAUAUUCAUAUUGUACAAAUGAUGCCUUACCGCAGAAAUGACUGGACUUGUUUUUCACAGCAUUGCAUUUUAAGCAGCCAAACAAGAAUAUCAGACCCUCAAACAGAAUAAUAAGCUUUGUAAUUAUGUUCCUCUUUUCUCAUUACCCCAACAAAAACAAAGCUCCGUAAGAUGCUUUGUGUUGCUCAUUUAUCCCCCACACAGAGCCGCGUGCGCUCUUCACCAAAAGCUUUCUACUGCCAUGGUUACAGCAAGCCUUUUUCCAAACAUCUACACUGUCUAAGUGCAUAUCAGUUUCAGCAGAGCCAUGGGUCUCUUCAAAAUCUCCUCAAAGUAAUUGGCAACAUCUGCCACUUUUCUACAAAAUGGACAAGAAUACAAGUUUGAGAAAAGGCAUAUAUAUGCUUAUCUCCCUGCUUUUUUUUUAAAAAAAAACAAAUGAGUAAAAUGCUUAAUUGUGCUUUGCAGUUGCAGCAGGCUGAAAGAAGUUUGUGCAGCGCCUUUCUGCUUUGUAUUUACAUCCUAAAUAGCAGUUUGCUACCCAGAUUGUCUUAAAAAAAUAUAAUCUCAGAUUUUCAUAUUAAGCAAAAAAUACUGAAGCUUGUGAUUUUAGUAUUUAAUUACAGUGAUAGUGUUAUGAUAGCAAUAAAGAAAAAUACUUUGAAAAUGCUUGCAAAAUGUAAAUAGUCAUAUACUCCAUAAGCUAUAUAAUACUUGCUGCUGUUGUAUAUAAUGACAAUCUUUAAAAAAUACAGAAAUAACACCCCAAAUAGUAUAAAGUUGUCAAUGUACGCACAUGAAGCGUGAUUUUGAUUAAAACAUAUUGAACAGCUGAGAUUUAUUUUGCCUCUAAUAAAUAUUCAGGUCCUAUCUAGAUGCACAGAUGGUGGUGAAGUAAUUUUUUUUUUUCUUGUGCGCAGACUUUGACCACACAUUAUGUGAUGAAAUCACUAAGGAGUGUUCUAUUUUCCAUUCUUAUGUGCAGAGAUUUUUAUCCAAAGUAUAUCUGACAAUCCAUUAAUAGUUACUAUAUAUUGCUUAUAUUACUACAUUUAUAAAAAAUGUGCCUAACUGCAACUAUAAGCUAGAAUGAUAUUAAGAUCAUUUAUUAUUACAAAUAAUUAAUUGUAAGAAUAUCUGAUUAAACAAAUAAUUCAUCAAUAAUGUGAAUACCGCACAUUUUAGUGAACUUACUGCUGUUACUUACUAACUGCUAUAAAUACAAAUAGAAACAUUUAACUUAUGAAACUGGUAAUAGGCUAUAGCUCAGUCUAGCUGUUCAGUCAGAUAAAUGCAGUAGACAUUUCAUGAGCAACACCAGUUUAAUUCAUUAUAAGCAGAGAGAUUGGUUUUGUUUGUUUGAUUGUUGUAAAAAUCCUCACUGAAAAUUAAGCUUGCAAAAGUCUAAGCAAAAAAAAAAAAUCUGUUAAACACUAUAUACUUAAUAUAAUAUGGAAAAAAGAAAAAGGAACAAUGUUAAAAAACAAAAUAUAUCUAAGCUGCAAAUUUAAGAAACAAAGUUAUAUACCAGAAGAGCCAUAUGAUUUGCAGAAAUGUUAUACAUGUACAUGCUUUUUCAAGCUUAGUAAUUUCAAUAUCUAUUGAUGAAUAAACAAAUAAAAACUGUUUCGACAGAAUUUGUUGACAAUUGUUGUGGGCAAUUCUUUCUUCUCAAAUGUCAUACUUCUCUCCCUCUGUAUUGCUAUCGGGUCUCUCUGUUAGUUCAAUUGCUUUACAAGGGGCUGCUAUCACAAUCAACCACUGAGACUGUGUAUUAUGUGCACUGAGUGAAAAAUGUGUUAUUUGAAAACAGGAUCAUGUUGUGUUUUACAGCACAGGGUAGACUAUUUCUUUAUAUUGCACCUUCUACACAAUUUUGUGAA